GUUACCGGCGUCCCGGUCCCUGCCAUCGCCACCCCACAGUCCCGGUGACCGGCGCGUCACCUGCCCGCCGCAGCCCGGUGUGAGCCACGCGAUGAGCAGCGCCCUCCGGGCAGCCUGGGCGGGGCCAGCGAAGAAUGAAUGGCCGCUGGGCGUGGCCGCGCUCCUCCUCCUCCCCCUCCUCAGUAUAUUACGCACACGAGGUCGCUGCUCUGAGAAUAUGGCGCUGAGGAAGCUCUGACACCGGCAUCUGCACCGACCGCCGUCACAUCCCCGGGCGCACAGUGAAUGAAGAGUCUGCCCGUGUCAUUGUGUUUGCAUCAUGGAAUUUUGUUCAUAUCUAACCUGCCAGAGCCAAAGGAACUCUAGAAUACCAAUUUGCAUACACAGCAAAUAACAAAGACUUUAGUCCGAGACUCUCGGCCCUAUUCAGUUUACUGCAUAUUUAAUUUUUUAUAGUAAUUUAUUGAAUUAUUUUCUUACACCAGUUAUUAUUUUUGUUCGGUUUACAUAUUAAGUAUUUAAAAAAAAAAAAUUAUCUGAUUUCACAUUGAGCCAAAAAUGGAAUCCACAACCGGUUUCAGUGUGGUUACAAGCACCCUCGGCUUUGAUAUGGGUGGUCCGAUGACUGCCUUCCUGUGGAUGCUUGUGUUGGGUUUUGUCAUAGCCUUUGUGCUGGCUUUCUCGGUUGGUGCCAAUGAUGUAGCAAACUCCUUUGGCACCGCCGUAGGCUCUGGCGUGGUAACCUUGCGGCAGGCUUGCAUUCUGGCAUCUAUCUUCGAAACGGUGGGGUCUGUUCUGCUGGGUGCCAAAGUGAGUGAAACCAUUCGCAAAGGUCUGAUUGAUGUCAACAUGUACAAUACUUCACAGGAGCUCCUCAUGGCCGGGUCCAUCAGUGCUAUGUUUGGUUCUGCAGUUUGGCAGCUGGCAGCUUCUUUCCUAAAGCUACCAAUCUCUGGAACACAUUGCAUCGUUGGGGCCACCAUUGGCUUUUCUCUGGUAGCAAAUGGACAGAAAGGGGUGAAGUGGUCUGAGCUCCUCCGCAUUGUGUUGUCCUGGUUUAUUUCUCCUCUCUUAUCUGGAAUCAUGUCUGCGCUUCUCUUCUUCCUUGUACGAAUGUUCAUCCUUCGCAAGCCUGACCCUGUUCCCAAUGGACUGCGUGCCCUGCCAGUCUUUUACGCCUGUACAAUCGGCAUCAACCUGUUCUCCAUUAUGUACACUGGUGCACCCCUGCUUGGCUUUGACAAGAUUCCCCUGUGGGGCGUCAUCCUUAUCUCUGUGGGGUGUGCUGUGAUCUGCGCCUUGGUGGUUUGGUUCUUCAUUUGCCCCAGAAUGAAGAGAAAGAUAGAACGUGAAAAGAAGUCCAGUCCUUCGGAGUCGCCCUUGAUGGAUAAGAACAAAGACCCCUGUAACACGAAGCCAGAUCCAGAUGUGAAGGUGCCCAUUGACAGGGGGGGCAUUAUUGCUGAGACCAAGGUGCCAAUUAUAGACAUGGUGUCUGUGCGGAUUCCAUCACACGUAGCAGAAGAGCGAACCGUGACCUUCAAGAUGGGUGAUAGUGAUGAUGUUCCCGAGAGAGAGAAGUGUCGGAGCAUGGAGACCAACAUUGACCAACCUGGGAAUGGAGCGGUACAGCUGCCAAAUGGGAACCAUGUUCAGUUUAACCAGUAUGUAAGCAACCAGAUGAAUUCCAGUGGGCAGUACCAGUAUCACACAGUCCAUAAGGAUUCUGGUCUCUAUAAGGAGCUGCUGCAUAAACUGCAUUUAGCCAAAGUGGGAGACUGCAUGGGAGACUCCGGUGAGAAGCCGCUGCGCCGCAACAACAGCUACACCUCGUACACUAUGGCCAUCUGUGGGAUGCCUCUGGAUUCUUUCCGGAAUCGGGAGGCCGAGGCCCAUCCAGAAGAAGCGGAGAAGCUCACCUGGCACGGAACGGAGGGGAAAAAGAGGGGCCGCAUGGACAGCUACACCAGUUACUGCAAUGCAGUGGCAGACACGCACAGUAACGCUUGCGCAGAAGAACAAGAGGAAGGCAACACAGAGGAAGAGGCCGCAGAUCGGAAAAGCAGUAGCUCAUCGUUAGAAGAGUGGCAUGACCAGGAUAAGCCUGAGGUGUCCCAACUCUUCCAGUUCCUACAGAUCCUCACUGCCUGCUUCGGCUCCUUUGCUCAUGGUGGAAAUGACGUUAGCAAUGCCAUUGGCCCAUUGGUGUCCCUCUGGCUGGUUUAUGAGAGCGGGAAUGUGAACACCAAGGCUGCCACCCCUAUCUGGCUGCUCCUCUAUGGAGGCGUUGGUAUCUGCAUCGGUUUGUGGGUCUGGGGACGGAGGGUCAUACAGACCAUGGGUAAAGACUUAACACCAAUAACCCCCUCAAGCGGCUUCAGUAUUGAAUUGGCUUCUGCCCUGACUGUUGUGAUAGCUUCAAAUGUUGGCCUCCCAAUCAGUACCACACAUUGCAAGGUUGGAUCUGUUGUAUCUGUUGGAUGGCUGCGCUCCAAGAAGGCUGUGGACUGGCGACUCUUCAGAAAUAUCUUCCUGGCCUGGUUUGUCACUGUGCCGAUCGCUGGUUUAAUCAGCGCAGGCAUUAUGGCGCUGUUCAUAUACGCUAUUCCCCGGGUGUGAUAAUACCACCACAUCACCUGCUGUCAAGAAUCUCUCUUGAGACCACCAAUCUACUGCACGUAGCCCAUCAGUACUAUGCUAUGAGCAGGACUCGUGUGUGUCUCUCCUUCUGCCCAAUCCCUGCAGAGUGGCUGAGAUAACUUAUGUGGAAUAUGCAAUGUGCUCACUCUGCAGGCAUGGGGAGUGGACUUAAAUAAAGAGUAGGAAGUGGAUUUAUAACAGGAUUCUCGCUCUCCCUUUGUGCUGUAAAACUGCUUUUAUGCUCUAGAAUAUUACAAAUCAACCCUAUCUACCUGUAUCCACACACCAAUCAUUCCUCAGUAUUAAUGUUCUCUGUACAUAAAACUGCUUGUACGUCAGGAUUUUCUUUGUCGCUGUAAAUGUUUGCUCAUCUUGUUUAUAUCGCACAGAAGAAUGUGUACUUCUUUUUAUCAUAUCAAUUCUUUCACUGCCAAAUAGGCUUGCACACUACUGCAUAGCGCCUUGGUAGAAUGGGUGAGGGGGCGAAGAUGUCGCCACCUCAUACUGUGACUAGCUGCAGUUUUUUUUUUUUUUUUUUUAUAUUCUAAGUAACUAUGGGAAACUAUUUUUAUUUUCAAGCAGAAUCCAAAGUAUCAGUUUUUCGGUCUUUUGAAGACCUCUAGAGGGUAGCAUAACUAAAACUUGGGGAAAGUGGAGUUGCUGCCCAUAUCAACCAAUCAGAUUCUAGCAGUCGCUAAUCUAGCACUAGUUAACUCAUGGCUAUAGUCUGAUUGGCUGUUAUGGACCGCACCUCCACGCCUCCCUUUUAUGAUGUUUUAGUAAUUUUACACCCUAGUGUCUAUCUGAUGGAGGCAUGUGCAGUUCCAGUAACUCAGGAGAGUUGUGACCAUGCAAUUGAGGAUUCCUGUCCUGCAUAGCGUCCAUUCCACUGGUUUGUUUUCAUCUUUUGUUACUGGUGAAGCUGAAAUAAAAUCGCACUAAUUGAACCAC